AUGUCGCACGUCUCAUCGAACUCUCCUGCUUACCAGCUAUGUGGUCAAUCUUGUGACUCGACACUCGAGCUUAGGUCCAAGGAUACAGCGUUGUCCCUUCGAAUUCCCACAUUCAAUGAUAUACCGACUCUACUUGAUCUUCUUGGGAACAAAGCAAACUCAGAAUACGAUAAAUCCAUCUCCAAAGCUACCACGGAAGAUCUCGAAUCAAUUGCUAAGAGAUGGAUAAUUGUUUCUGACCCACCAACGUGUCGCAUCUUCCUAAUUUGGCAUGAAGAUGAGCCUGUUGGUAUUGCUGGGCUUGGUUGGAUUGGCCCAUGCAAUAAGGACCAACCAGAAGAUGGAUUGCGAGCUGGCGCAGCAGGAGUGAUUGUUCAACCACCAGCGAGAGGCAAAGGGUAUGCGUAUGAGGCCCUUCAUAUGGUGUUUGAUUAUGGAUUCCGUGAGCUGGGACUGCAGGAGAUCCGGGUUGGUAGUCACUCCGGAAAUGUUCCAAUGAGAGCGUUGAUGGAACAGAAGUUCGGCUUGAAGGCUAAGAAUUCCUCGGGGGCUGAUGAGGUGGAUCAGUUCGGUAAUGAUCUUGAGUGGAUUAUUGCGCAACAAGACUGGACAGUAUAA